AAGGGUAGCGGUAAAGAUUAUCGCUUGACUGCCAGCAGGAACCACCACCAGAUUAGCCUUAGCUAGGGGGAAGACGGCUACUCCCUACGCCACGCCCCACGCGCAAUGCCCUGUGGGAUUUGUAGUCUUUCGCUUAUUUACUCCUAGGAGGCGGAGAGACUCUGUUGUAAGUAAAUGAAUCUCUCUUCCCCGCGUAGUCUCCCUUUUCUCCCUUUCCGAAAGGCCAAGUAGGGAAAGUUUGAAAAUUCCCGCGGAGUGGGCGCCCGAGGCCGGAACCCUCGCGAGAAGUCCGAGCCCCGCAGCGCGAUCUGCGCUCGGCUCCCCGCCCUGGCCGCGAUCCUUCCCUCGGCAGAGAGGCUCUGUGUGUGGGGUUCGGGCAGUGCGCCCGGGGUACUGCGCAGAGCGCGGCCCGAGCGGUGCCAGCCCAGUAAGUCGAGUCUCCAGCGGGGAGGACGCGGCGCGGGCGGCGGGACAAGUUCGAAGCCGGGAUUGGGCGACGGCGCUGCCGGGGCCUGAGGGGCCGGCGAGAGGCUGAGCGAGAAGCGGCUUCCGCGGGCGGGGGCGCGCGCCGGGCCCUGUCUCCCGGGAGAUGCUGUGACGGACCGCACGGAAGCAGCAACGCCGCGGCCCUCGGUGGCCUGGCCCGCGGGCUCAGUGGAAGUAUGCAAGACUUGACAGCUCAAGUGACUAGUGAUCUCCUGCAGUUCCCAGAAGUGACUAUUGAAGCUCUCGGAGAAGAUGAGAUAACAUUAGAGUCUGUGCUUCGUGGAAAGUUUGCUGCAGGGAAAAAUGGACUAGCAUGCUUAGCUUGUGGUCCACAACUUGAAGUUGUAAACUCCCUAACAGGAGAGCGGUUGUCUGCAUAUAGAUUCAGUGGAGUAAAUGAACAGCCUCCUGUAGUCCUUGCAGUGAAAGAAUUCUCUUGGCAUAAGAGAACUGGAUUGUUAAUAGGAUUGGAAGAAGCAGAUGGGAGUGUUCUUUGUCUUUAUGACCUUGGUAUCUCACGAGUGGUCAAAGCAGUUGUUCUUCCUGGAAGGGUAACAGCUAUUGAACCUAUAAUUAACCAUGGAGGAGCCAGUGCUAGUACCCAGCAUUUACAUCCAAGUCUUCGAUGGCUUUUUGGCGUGGCGGCUGUGGUGACUGAUGUUGGACAGAUCCUCCUUAUUGACCUGUGUUUGGAUGACUUGUCAUGCAGUCAAAAUGAAGUAGAGGCAUCAGACCUUGAAGUUAUCACUGUCAUCCCAGCUGAAGUACCACACAUCAGAGAGAAUGUGAUGAGAGAAGGACGCCACCUGUGUUUCCAGUUAGUAAGCCCAUCUGGAGUAGCCAUUUCUACUCUCAGUUACAUCAACAGGACAAAUCAGCUUGCUGUGGGUUUUUCUGAUGGCUACUUAGCACUUUGGAACAUGAAAAGCAUGAAAAGAGAAUACUAUACACAGUUAGAAGGUGGAAGGGUUCCUGUCUAUGCAGUUAUCUUUCAAGAGCCUGAGAAUGAUCCUCGUAACUGCUGUUACUUAUGGGCUGUUCAGUCCACACAGGAUAGUGAAGGGGAUGUUUUGAGUUUGCAUCUGCUUCAGCUGGCUUUUGGUGAUAGAAAAUGUUUGGCAUCAGGGCAAAUCUUAUAUGAGGGAUUGGAAUACUGUGAAGAAAGAUAUACGCUGGAUCUAGCAGGCGGCAUGUUCCCCUUAAGGGGACAGACUAGUAAUACCAAACUGUUGGGAUGCCAGAGUAUAGAGAGAUUUCCGUCUCAUGGUGACAGAGAAGAGAGUAUGAGAGAAGCUCUGUCCCCUGAUACUAGCGUUUCUGUCUUUACCUGGCAAGUGAAUAUAUAUGGACAGGGAAAGCCUUCUGUAUAUUUAGGGCUUUUUGACAUCAAUCGUUGGUAUCAUGCACAAAUGCCCGAUUCUUUAAGAUCAGGAGAAUCUCUGCAUAAUUGCUCUUAUUUUGCAUUGUGGUCAUUGGAUUCAGUUGUAAGCAGGACUUGUCCACAUCACAUCUUGGACAUACUAGUACACGAGAGAAGUCUAAGUCGGGGGGUUCCUCCUUCCUAUCCACCUCCAGAGCAGUUUUUUAACCCAAGUACUUUUAAUUUUGAUGCCACUUGUUUGUUAAACUCUGGAGUUAUCCAUGUAACGUGUACUGGAUUUCAGAAGGAGACUCUGACAUUUUUAAAGAAAUCAGGACCAACUCUUAAUGAAGUCAUUCCUGAUAGUUAUAAUCGAUGUCUUGUUGCUGGUCUCCUCUCACCAAGACUUAUUGAUAUUCAACCUUCCAGUCUAAGUCAAGAAGAACAGUUAGAAGCUAUAUUGUCAGCAGCAAUUCAGACAAGUUCCUUGGGACUUUUGACUGGUUACAUCAGAACAUGGAUAAUAGAAGAACAACCAAAUUCUGCUGCUAAUCUACGAUUUGUUCUUGAAUGGACAUGGAAUAAGGUGGUUCUCACAAAAGAAGAAUUUGACCGGCUUUGUGUGCCGUUGUUUGAUGGGUCCUGUCGUUUCAUUGACCCGCAGACCAUCCAGUCCAUCCAGCAGUGCCAUUUACUGCUUAGCAACCUUAGUACAGUCUUAAGCUGUUUUGCAAUGGAGGCCCAGGGUAUCACUGAGAGAGGACUGGUGGAUUUGAGCAAUAAGCAUAUGGUUACCCAACUUAUCUGUCAGUAUGCACAAAUUGUUUUGUGGUUCUGUCACUCUGGGCUUUUACCUGAAGGCUUAGAUGAUGCUCUGCAGCUGUCAAGACUGCGCUACAACUACCCUGUAAUUCAGAACUACUAUACCAGUCGUCGGCAGAAAUGUGAACGCUCACCCAGAGGGAAGUGGAACCAUGACUGUUUGAUGAUUGAUGGAUUAGUGUCUCAACUAGGAGAUGAAGUUGUGAAGUUGUGGAAACGGGAUGAAGGCGGCACAGGAAGAUAUCCUCCUGCCAGCAUCCAUGCAUUACUUGAUAUAUAUUUAUUAGACAACAUUACUGAAGCAAGCAAACAUGCUAUUACCAUUUAUUUGCUGCUUGAUAUUAUGUAUUCCUUUCCAAAUAAAACGGAUACCCCCAUUGAAUCUUUCCCAACUGCCUUUGCUAUUUCUUGGGGCCAAGUUAAGCUAAUUCAAGGAUUUUGGCUGCUGGAUCAUAAUGACUAUGAGAAUGGUUUAGACCUUCUGUUUCACCCAGUUACUGCAAAACCUGCAUCAUGGCAGCAUUCAAAGAUAAUUGAAGCCUUUAUGAGUCAGGGAGAGCACAGACAGGCUCUCCGGUAUCUUCAGACAAUGAAGCCAACAGUGUCCAGUAGCAAUGAUGUUAGCCUUCACCUCACUGUUCUUCUUUUUAAUAGAUGCAUGGUUGAGGCCUGGAACUUACUGCGACAGAACUCAAACCGAGUAAACAUAGAGGAAUUACUAAAGCACGCUUAUGAAGUUUGUCAGGAGAUGGGCUUAAUGGAGGACUUACUGAAGCUACCGUUUACCAACACUGAACAGGAAUGUUUAGUGAAAUUUUUACAGUCUAGUACCAGUGUUCAGAAUCAUGAAUUCCUUCUAGUUCAUCAUUUACAGCGUGCCAAUUAUAUUUCUGCCUUGAAACUAAACCAGACUCUGAAGAAUAAUCUCACGAGUGAUCGUGACCCUCGAUUGCGGGAGAGAUCGGUGACUCGAAAUUCGAUAUUAGACCAAUAUGGGAAAAUCCUACCUAGAGUCCAGAGAAAAUUAGCUGUUGAGCGAGCUAAGCCUUACCAUCUGUCAGCAUCAUCAGUUUUUCAAGAAGUUUCUAGACCCAAACCAUUAUCGGCAUUUCCAAAGAAAGCUAUAACUGGAACAGUGCUGACAAGAUCUACGUUCAUCAGCAAUGUGCUAUCUAAAAUUGGAGAGGUGUGGGCAAGUCAUGAACCUAGAAAUGGCACCUCACUUUUUAACAGUCCUAAAACGGAACAGCCAUCUCUUGCAGUACACUCUUUUCCACAUCCAGAGCUUCCCGAGGCAUUUGUUGGAACACCAAUUUCAAAUACAUCCCAGAGAAUUUCUAGAUUACUGGAUUUGGUUGUUCAUCCUAUUCCCCAGCCUUCUCAGUGUUUGGAGUUUAUUCAGCAAAGUCCCACAGGAUCUCCUUUGUGUCUGCUAUCCAGUUCAUUACCAUUUAGUUCACAGUUAAAAAGGCCACAUCAAAAUAUCUCCAGGCCUUCAGAAUUGCUUUUACUUGAAACUCCUCUUAUAGUUAAGAAAGCUAAGUCUUUGGCUCUAUCAGCCACUUCUUCUGGAUUUGCGGAGUUUACUCCUCCAUCCAUCCUUAGGUCUGGUCUUCGAACAACACCUUUAGCAUCUCCCUCUCUGUCACCUGGAAGAUCUCUCACUCCACCUUUCAGACUUAAGGAAACUAGAAUUUCAUUCAUGGAAGAAGGCAUAAACACACACUGGACUGAUAAAGCUACAGAUGACCGAAAUGCAAAAGCGUUUGUUAGUACAUCUUUCCAUAAAUGUGGACUCCCAGCAGAAACUGAAUGGAUAAAGACCAGUGAAAAAAAUACAUUUUUUCCUCUGGAUGUCUCUGCAAAGGGCCCUCAGAAAGUGGUUGCAGAAUCACAGGACACCCAUUCACGAAGUCUAGAGAAGCUGGAUGUGAGCAAAGAAGACAGCACUGUUUCCACCAGGUCAGACCAGACCUCCUUAGAGUAUCACGAUGCGCCAUCACCAGAAGACUUUGAAGGUGGUGCUUUUGUGUCCCCCAAGCCAGCAAGUUCUUCCACUGAACUAACUACUAAUUCAACUUUACAAAUAGAAAAAGAGAAUGAUAAAGAUUUGUUUGAGUCAGAAGGUCCUCCUUCAGCCAUGGAGAAACAAACAGGCACGGGAGACGAUGCAGUGGAAGCAUUUUCAGACUUCAGUCUCUUAGACCCUGUUCAAAGAGCUGAAGCUUCUCUCGGUGUGUCGUCAGUCUGUGAGGGGGCAACCUCCACUUCAAAAUCUAAGACAUCAGUUCUGGAUGGAGUAGUGUCUAUUGAGAGCCGAACCUCCAUGCUUAGAGCAGACCACAGUGAAUCUGUGGCCAACACGGUUAAAGAUGUUGAAAGCUCUGGAUCCACCACCUCCAAGUGCCCUGUUACCUCUGAAUGUAGCCUUGACCAAAAACUAACAGUAAACUUAAAAGAAGAUGAAAUAGAAGCUGAUACACCAAAAGAGAACAUUGGGUUACCAGAAGAAAGACCUCAAGCCUCUACUGGUUCUUCGGAUACUCAAGAAAUUCAUCUAAUUGGAUGUGAAAACCUUGAAGCUCAAAAUUCAGAAGAGGAGGCCAAGAGUAUUUCAUUUAAUGAGUUGUACCCCUUGGGAGCACAUAAACUUCAGUAUAAUUUUGAUACUAUUGAGCAGCAGUUUUGUGACUUGCCUGAUGAUAAAGACUCUGCUGAAUGUGAUGUGGCUGAAGUAGACGGGGAACUUUUUGUGGCCCAGAGCAACUUCACCUUGAUUUUAGAAGGUGAAGAAGGAGAAGUUGAGGCAAGUGACUCUGCACCACCUAAUGUGUUACCGAAAGUGACUAACAUAGCAACCAAGGAAAAACCUGUGUCCCUUGUGGAACCCCAUAAUCAAGAACAUGUUACAGACUUGCCAUCUGCUGUGACUGAUGACCGAGAAUCCCACACGGUAGAGACUUUACCAUAUGUGCCUGAACCAGUUAAAGUGGCAAUUGCAGAAAAUUUAUUGGAUGUAAUUAAAGACACAAGAAGUAAAGAAGCAACUCGCGUGGCAGCAAGUGAGGCAGUUGAUGAGGACAUAGCAGUAAUAAGCCCACAGGCUGCACAUUCCCCCAGGUUGACAAACUCUACACUGAAGACUGUUAAGAAAACACGUGCAGACACUGUAAGUAUCAGCCAGAGUGAUAACACGGUUUCUUCUAGAACUCUCACAAGAAGGCAGCAUGCCCUAAGCCUGAAUGUCACAUUAGAACAAGAGCCUUCAGCAAUUGCUACUCCUAAGAGGAAAACUAGAAAAAUAAAAGAAACUCCUGAGUUUUCUGAAAGUACUUGUUCUGACAUAAAAGUAACACCCGAACACCAGCUGACAGCUCAGAGUCCUACCCCUUCUAGAAGGGGAAAGAAAAGAAAAGACGUUAGCCAGGGUGCACUGACCAGCUCUGCGCCCGAGGAGCAGGAGCCUCAGGGUAUGGCGGAAAGACUGAGGCUGAGAACGCAGCCACCGGAGCCAGCAGCUGAAGAAACGCCUUCUAGAACAAAAGUCAAGCCUUCAUCUAUUAGAAAAGGGACUCCUAGAAGACUUACAAAAUCUGUAGAAAAUGGGCAAAGUUCAAAAAUUGUAAAUGAUCUCAAAGGUAGUAAAGCAGCAAAUCCUGACGGGGUUGUCAGAGAGCUGAGGAAUGCUAAUUUAGAAGAUACUCAAAAUACGGAGUAUAAACAAGAUGAGGAACGCAGUGACCGGCAACUGCCUCUAAAACGGAAAAGGGUUAGAGAAGUUAGUGUGUCAGAUGUGACAGAAGAGCCCAGGCUUACCUCAUCCCAGUUGCCUCUUCAGACAGGACUUGAUGGACCUGCCACCCCUAGGAAAUGUGGUAGACCUAGGAAGAUAGUUCCGUUAGAAGCUGAUGGGGCCACAGCUGGUAAGGCGAAAACAAGUCCCCAGAAGAAAGAAGUUCCGGUUGUCCGGAGAUCUACACGGAACACCCCAGCUAGAAAUGUGAGUACUUUAGAAAAAUCCAUUUCAGUGCCAUAUAAGGAAGCUGCCAUAAUGAUGACAUCUAAGAGAAAACCUACAAAGCAGUCUGCAGAUGAGAGCUCAAAAGGUCUGUUACCAGCAGAUGGAAUAGCUCACCAAGAGUCCACUGACAAAGAAGAAAGACUGCUUGCCACUGCUGCCCUCACUAAGUCGUCCUGGAGCACAAGGACUAGGUCUAGAAGGACCAUGUUGUUGACAGACAUUUCUGAACCCAAAACUGAGCCUUUAUUUUCUCCUCCUCCAGUGAAGAUUCCAAAGAAAAAAACAAAAGCUGAGAACAUGGAGGCUGCGGCACAACUGAAAGAAUUGGUGUCAGAUUUAUCUUCUCAGUUUGUUGUUUCCCCUCCUGCCUUGAGAACCAGGCAGAAAAGUACAUCUAAUACUUCCAAGCUUCUAGGUGAACUGGAGAGUGACCCUAAACCAUUAGAAGUCAUAGAACAAAAACCAAAAAGAAGCAGGACUGCAAAGACAAAAGCGAGCAGAAACACGGGAAAAGGAAGUUCUUGGUCACCUCCCCCUGUAGAAAUUAAGCUGGUUUCUCCUUUGGCAAGUCCGGUGGAUGAAAUAAAGAUCAGCAAGCCAAGAAAAACUGCAGAAGUAGCAGGGAAAACUCUUGGAAGGGGCAGAAAGAAGCCAUCUUCUUUUCCAAAGCAAAUUUUACGCAGGAAAAUGCUGUAAUUUUUAGCCCAAGAUUUUAACAUGCACUUGUUUGUAAAAGUCAUCAGUAUUUGUGUGGAUUAUUAAAAGUCACCCAAUUUGGAUGGAAAUACUUUAUAUAAAUUGUACAAUUUUGUAAGCAAGUAAAUAAGUAAAGUAACUCCAUAUGGAGUGCAGUUCUUGUAGUCCAGGCAUUUUAUAAUACUUCAUACGUUUAUAUAAUAUGUAAAUAUGGCUUAUCAUUGGGAUGUUAAAUAAACUACUGUAAAGUACACACUGUGUGUCUGUUAGAUUUUUGAGAGGGGAUUUCUGUUUUAGUUGUAAUUUUAUAUGCUACUAGACAUUUGUUCAUUUUCUUUCCAGUUAAGAUACUAGAAUUGUCUUAAAAUGAGGGUGAUUGACUAUUAAUUAUUUUUAACGUUGCUGUUUUAUAAUGUAUGCACUUUGUUGCUAUUCCUCUGACUCUAAUCAUUACAUGUACUCAUUGGGCUUUGCCUGAUACUGUGUUGAAUUUGAAUUGUGGGCGUAUAACUUUGCCUUUUUGUAGUUUUACAAUUUUGUGUAAUCUACCUCAAAUGAGUAAUUUUCCAGUACUGCAUUCGUUUCCUGUGCUGGCAUUUCUUGUUCAGUAACUUAAGGACUAUCUUGUCUCAAUUCAGAGACUAAUUAUCCAGGUUAGAUCGACCGGUUUCACUGCGUCUUAGCAACCUCAUGGAAGGAUUUGAGAAAGAAAUGUAAAACGGUGCACCUGGUGUGUGCCUAACGUUGAGGAGUCCAGCAAGCUCUAGACUGCCUGUGCUUCAAGAGAGCUUGUGACUGAGUCACAGAAGCCGCUUUAGUAUUCAGGACCUCAGGCACAGGUUACAAAGAGUGGAAGAGUGAGAGCAGAUGUCAGGAAAGAGGAACGAACACCCUUUUCUGCAGUGUGAGUGUGCACCGUUAGUCAUGGCGCCUGAUGGACGCCAUGAUGUUCAUCAAUAAAUAAGUGUUGUCAAAUAAUUUAUGACAGGUAAUUGAUAGUGUGUAAUGAAUGGACGCUUAAUAAUCGAUACCUAAAAGCAGACUGCCUUUGUCAGCUGAGCUUUGGGUGUCUUCGUGAGCAAUGCUCUUUUGUGUGUUACUUUCCUGUGGACUGGCAUCAUGGAGAAUGAGAAACCGGGGGAGAUGCCUGUGCCGGGCAGGGACAGUGUGAGGGUGGCCGUUCGUGUGCGGCCUUUCAGCCAGGUCAGUCCAUGCUCAUUGCCUUGUUGACAAUUACUGCCUGAUUUUAUUAAUUUUUUAAUGAUAGUUACUAAAUUUGUAUUUAAGCUGCUUGUCAUUUAUGAAAUAUUAAACUUAUUUAAAUGAAUUUGUCAAAUGAAUAACAAAGAUCUAAGCAUAAUUUAGUAAACAUUUUAUUUCAUUCCUUGGUACAAGUAGCACAAUAAAAAAAACUGACAAGAGAAAA